AUGUUUGUCAUCCAAGGGUUCAAAUAUGGACUGAACAGUGUGCUCCCUGGAGAAAACCUACUCCAUGAGAGUGGUCUGAGAAAUGGUUUGGCAUCUGAGCGUCAGAUUGAGAAAUAGGCCCCAGAUGGCCUGAAACACCUCGGGGCCCCGACCAGGUGGCCCGGCGAUCUUAACACUGUGGCUGGCGAGGAUGCGGAUGUCGCAGAGUGUCCCAGCCGCGAAGAGGAGGAAGAGGUUGGAGGCGGUUUCCCGCACUUCGGCGUUCGCUCCUGUGCACCUCCCGGCAGCUGCCUGGCGCCCCCGCGCCCUCGGGAGUCUCCGACCGGCUUCGCCUCGGCCCCACCUCGUCGGGCCCUGGGUCUCGAGCCUCAGCUUCGCCCAGCCGCCAGCCUGCCUCGGGAGCCCAGUUCCCUGCCUCUGUCACCACCUGCAGGCCUCUCCACCAAGGAUACGGGUCCCGGGGCGGUGCCAGGGCCGUUCCUGCCCUGCCAGCCCACAGAAGUCGAUGGAAACCCCCCGCCGGCUUCCCUCGAGGCUCCAGCCGCUGGCCCCUCGAUGGCCAGCAUGGCUGCACAUCUCCUCCAGGAGCAUUUCGAUCAUCUGAUCUGCUGGUCGAAACUUUGGUGUUACGCAAAGGGCUUCGCCUUGGACACUCCGAGUUUGCGCCCGGGGCCAGGGCGGCUGCCUGCAAAAGGGGCGGCCCGAGGAGCAGCCAAGAAAUGCCAGCGGCAGGCGCCCCCUCCGCUCACCACGCAGCCCCACAGCCCCGCACCGACACUCCCUACCACGAGCACCUUCAGCCUCCUCCAAUGCUUCCCCUGCCCCCGGGCCCUGGUGGUGGGGGAAGAUGGAGACCUAAAGCCGGCAUCCUCACUUUGCCUCCAGGGAGACUCUCAGCCCCAGCCCGCCCACCCUCUGUGGAGGUGGCAUAUGGGGGGUCCCGCUGUCCCUGAGCCCCCUGGCCUCAAAUUCUGGUGGAUCAAGGUGGAUGAAAGCUGACUGUGGAACUUCUACCAAAGGGGAAAAGUUGGGACUGUGGCCAAACCGUUGGCUUGAGGAGGGGGCCCCGUUUCUCACAUUUGUCCCCUUCCUUUACAUUUUAGGAGCUGUGGGCAGAGGGACUUCAAAUGACAGUGACCUUCAUUCAAGCACCUAAGUGGUGGGGGUGACAGUCCCUCCCCCACAUCCUUUGCCGAGGAACCCAGGGCUGGAGUCUGGAGAAGGCUUAAGCAAAAAAGGCUGAUGACACAGAUUCUAA